CUUGCAGUCCCUACUGCCUCUGGGCAACCUAAACCCAUAAUUUCUUGUCCUAACCGCUGUUCCUGCCCUCUUGCGUGCUGCAGCCCCCCUGUGCCAUGUCUGUCCCCCCCCUGGUGCCCAGCAUGGCAUUGCCAUCACCAUGGGCACCCAGAGCCAGGUCCCACCGAGCCCCCUCAGGGCUGCAGGAGCAGUGGGAUACGAGGGACCAGUCUGAGCCCCUCUCCCAGCCCCGCCGCCGUGGCAGCUCCCCACUGCCUCUGGGAGCUUGUCCGUGCACAGGGUGUAUCCCAGGAAUGUUUUCUUUCCUUGGGCGGCGGAUUGGAGCACACAGGGUCUGCUCUGUGCCCUGUCCUGGGCUGCACCCAAGGCAACCACAGCGGGGAGAGUCCGCGGGGCUGAGCUCACCCUCGCCCAUUACGGCUGCGCUUGGAAGCAGCGCUGCAGCCGGUGGGGCCCUGCAGACACGAGGGGUCCCUGCAGCUGGCCAGGGAGCAUGGCAGACGCUGAAGACCCACCGCGUGCCAUGAGCAGCGAUGCUGGCGAGGGCCUGGGGGACGAUGGGUCCCUCCAGAACGACUCCUUCCCGCUUUCCUCACUGGCCAACCUGUUUGAGAGCGAGGACACUCCAUCCCCUGCCGAGGCAGCCCGAGGUCCCCCUGGUACUGGGGAUGGAAAGCAAAACCUCCGCAUGAAAUUCCACGGAGCGUUCCGGAAAGGUGCCCCAAAGCCCAUGGAGCUGCUGGAGGCCACCAUCUACGAGUCGGCUGUGGUCCCCGCGCCCAAGAAAGCCCCCAUGGACUCUCUCUUUGACUACGGCACCUACCGCCAUCACCCCAGCGACAACAAGCGCUGGCGAAGGAGGGUUGUGGAGAAGCAGGCACCGAGCGCCAAGGGGCCGGCUCCCAACCCACCUCCGGUUCUCAAGGUCUUCAACAGACCCAUCCUCUUUGACAUCGUCUCCCGGGGGUCUCCAGAUGGCCUGGAUGGGCUCCUCUCCUUCCUCCUCACCCACAAGAAGCGCCUCACAGAUGAGGAUUUUCGAGAGCCCUCCACGGGGAAGACCUGCCUGCCCAAGGCGCUGCUCAACCUGAGCGGGGGCAGGAACGACACCAUCCCCAUCCUCCUCGACAUCGCUGAGAAGACAGGCAACAUGCGGGAGUUCAUCAACUCACCCUUCAGGGAUGUCUACUACCGAGGUCAGACAGCCCUGCACAUUGCCAUCGAGCGCCGCUGCAAGCACUAUGUGGAGCUGCUGGUGGAGAAGGGAGCAGAUGUACAUGCCCAAGCCCGUGGACGCUUCUUCCAGCCCAAGGAUGAAGGUGGCUACUUCUACUUUGGUGAGCUGCCCCUCUCGCUGGCUGCCUGUACCAACCAGCCCCACAUUGUGCACUACCUGACGGAGAAUGGGCACAAGCAGGCGGAUCUGCGGCGCCAGGACUCUCGUGGCAACACCGUGCUGCACGCCCUGGUUGCCAUAGCUGACAACACCCGCGAAAACACCAAGUUCGUCACCAAGAUGUAUGACCUGCUCCUCGUCAAGUGCGCCAAGCUCUUCCCUGACACCAACCUGGAGGCACUGCUCAACAACGACGGCCUCUCCCCACUCAUGAUGGCUGCCAAGACGGGCAAGAUUGGGAUCUUCCAGCACAUCAUCCGGAGGGAAAUCACAGAUGAGGACGCCCGGCACCUCUCACGGAAGUUCAAGGACUGGGCGUAUGGCCCUGUCUACUCCUCCCUCUACGACCUCUCCUCACUGGACACCUGCGGAGAGGAGGUGUCUGUGCUGGAGAUCCUCGUCUACAACAGCAAGAUUGAGAACCGCCACGAAAUGUUGGCCGUGGAGCCCAUCAACGAGUUGCUGCGUGACAAGUGGCGCAAGUUUGGAGCCGUCUCCUUCUACAUCAGUGUGAUCUCCUACCUCUGUGCCAUGGUCAUCUUCACCCUCGUCGCCUACUACCGCCCCAUGGAAGGCCCUCCCCCCUACCCGUACACCACCACCGCCGACUACCUGCGCCUGGCUGGGGAGAUCAUCACCCUUCUCACCGGCAUCCUCUUCUUCUUCACAAAUAUCAAAGAUCUGUUCAUGAAGAAGUGUCCAGGUGUGAACUCCUUCUUCAUCGAUGGCUCCUUCCAGCUGCUCUACUUCAUCUACUCGGUGCUGGUGAUCGUCACAGCGGGGCUGUACUUGGGCGGCAUUGAGGCGUACCUGGCAGUCAUGGUCUUUGCGCUGGUCCUGGGCUGGAUGAACGCACUGUACUUCACUCGGGGGCUCAAGCUGACAGGGACAUACAGCAUCAUGAUCCAGAAGAUCCUCUUCAAAGACCUUUUCCGCUUCCUCCUGGUCUACUUGCUCUUCAUGAUUGGCUACGCAUCAGCUCUGGUGUCCCUCCUCAACCCAUGUCCCAGCAGCGAGUCCUGCAGCGAGGAGCAAUCCAACUGCACGGUGCCCACCUACCCCUCCUGCCGGGACAGCCAGACCUUCAGCACCUUCCUGCUUGACCUCUUCAAGCUCACCAUUGGCAUGGGUGACCUGGAGAUGCUCGAGAGUGCCAAGUACCCCGGUGUCUUCAUCAUCCUCCUCGUCACCUACAUCAUCCUCACCUUCGUGCUCCUCCUCAACAUGCUCAUCGCUCUCAUGGGUGAAACCGUGGGCCAAGUCUCCAAGGAGAGCAAGCACAUCUGGAAGCUGCAGUGGGCCACCACCAUCCUGGACAUCGAACGCUCCUUCCCUGUGUUCCUGCGGAGAGCUUUCCGCUCAGGGGAGAUGGUCACCGUGGGCAAGGGCACCAAUGGGACACCCGACCGCCGCUGGUGCUUCAGGGUGGAUGAGGUGAACUGGUCCCACUGGAACCAAAAUCUGGGCAUCAUCAGCGAGGACCCAGGCAAGAGCGACACGUAUCAGUACUAUGGCUUCUCCCACACUGUGGGCCGGCUGCGGAGAGAUCGCUGGUCCGUGGUGGUGCCACGCGUGGUGGAGCUCAACAAGAGCUGCCAGCCAGAGGAGGUGGUGGUGCCGCUGGGGACUGCGGGGGUGGCAGAGGCACGGGAGCGGCGGCACGGCCAGGUGUCAAACUCCCUGCUCUAGCCCAGCAGCCCUCGGAGCUGACGGACUCUGCCUGGGCUCCCGGCACGGCCAGCGGGAUCAUGGACUGGGCUGGAUGGUGCUUGUCUGCUCCUCAGGGAUUUGUGCAGCCUCUGUUCCUCCAUCAGCCACUCUCCUCGUUGGUGUCCAGCCUGGACGAGGGGUUCUAGCCUUGUCUUGAUGGUGCUGGGGAUCUCCAGCUCCCAGAGACGAGCUCCAACGCCGCUGCUUCGCUUUGCCGAGCUGGGGCUGUUGGCCACGCCGUGCCAGGACAUUCUGCCGUGGGCAGGGUGUGGGGCGCGUGCCUGCUCCGCUCACCAAGGCCAAUGGUUUUUGCCACACAUUUUUUGCACAAGAUUUCUAUGACUAUUUAUUUAGUAAUAAAGGCUGAC